GAGAGAGAGAGAGAGAGAGAGAGAGAGAGAGAGAGAGAGAGAGAGAGAGAGACUGCAGCCUGAGACAGAGGGAACUCUGUUGCCACUUUAAGCGGAGGAAUGAGCUGAAAGAAACCGAUGCCUUCCGUGUUUUUUUCACUGGAUGAAGUCUACGGAUUUUACGCAUCUGGAAGAGGCUGCUUUGCGCGUAAAACCAACAUUUACACGGCUAUGAUGGGAAGGCGCAGCCAGCGCGUUUAUGGUGUUUAAUUCUAUUUCGUGCCGUGGAGGUUUCUGGCAGAUUUCAAGCCGAAUAAAAAGAGCUGUAGACUAAAAAAAAAAAAGGAGCGCUGUUACGACGGGGAGACGCAGUGGAAGAAGGCUGUGUGAAGGCUGGAAACAUGAGAUUGAUUGUCAUCUCUGCGCUUCUCCUGUUAAAAGUUACUCUUGGGAAGGCUUGUGGCAGUGGGAAGUUCACUGAGUCGGGACACUGUUGCAGAUUGUGUCCUGCUGGUUAUGGAGUGGAGGCAGAGUGUGGGAAGGAGGAUACCAAAUGUGCUCCAUGUCCGAUGGGAACCUUCUCCCCAUCUGAAGGCCUUGCCGCUUGCCGUCCUUGUAGCAAGUGUCCGCCUAGUGUCCCCGCGGUGCACUCUUGCUCGGGUUCCCAGGACACGCAGUGCGAGUGUGACACCGGCUUCUACUUUAGGAGCGCCUUAGGCCUGUGCGCGCCCUGCUCCAAAUGCAGACCGGGUCAGGUGGUCGUCCGAGGGUGCGGCCCGCACGGAGACACGCUUUGCCAGUGUGGCCCGGGAACCUUCUCGGAGGAUGACCUCAAAACCAAACCGUGCCAGAUUUGCACUCAGUGCUCCGACAAAGAAGUGGAGAUCCAACCCUGUAUGCACAAUUUUGACACAGUCUGCAUGGAUAAGAAGCUGCACAUCUUGUCUCGCCCCGACUGGAAUUCAAACAUCGCUAACUGGUCGAUGCUGGGGAGGGAGGAGGACGUCAGCCCCACGCCUGGAGCGUCCGGGUCCACACCGCUGGAGGAGGGUGGCAGCAACAACAUCCUGGCCUACGUGUCCGUCCCGGCCGCCGUGGUGUUGGGCUCGUUGGUUUACGUGGCUUAUAAAUGCUGGAAGUCGUGCAAACAGAAAAAGGCUCUCUCCAAGGCCCGUGUGGCAGAGCUGGGAACAUCUGCAGAGGGAGAGAAGCUCCAAAGUGACAGCGGCGUUUUUCUGGACUCCUAUAGCCUGCAGGACAACCACCCUAGCAAGGGUACCAAAAGAGACAGCAAGCACGACAAUCGCCAGUACAUCAACCUGCCGCCGCACCAGCAGGAAGAGGUGGAGCGUCUCCUGCAGGAGGCGGGCGGCCGCGGGUGGAGGCACCUCGGUGCCGCGCUGGGCUUUGAACCCGAACAGCUGGACCUGUUCGGACGCGGCGAGGCUCCGGCGCACACGCUCCUGUCUAACUGGGCGCAGAGGGAGGGCUCCAGUCUGGGACUGCUGAGCUCGGCGCUGGUCCGCAUUGAGAGACCUGACGUGGUGACGGCCCUGAACAGCGCCCAGCAGGGUGUUUCUGUGGUCUGACAGACUCGCCGGACCCUCGAAACGCCAAUCACAAGACUCAAGUGAGGGAUUUACAGAUGAAACGGGAGGCACUCGAGUUCCAGCUCUUCUGUCGUGGUUGAAGGAGUCGUUUUUAACUCUGUUAAGAGACCUUUUUUUUUCUUUUUACACUAAAAUACCAACAAUACUCACAUUACUCCAGGCCUUAUUUGAACUGUAUGAAUGAACGUCACGCUGUGUGGUAACAGAAUAAUUUUACUGGUUGCACAGGAUUUAUGGAACUGAAUAUACUUGCCCGUAAAAUAAGCAUUUACCUUCCAAAGAUUUCUUCAUUUAUUUAUUUUUUUGUCACAUUACAUUUUCGGAUCGUCAAAGAAAUAUUAAUAUCAGACAAAGAUAACCUGACUAAAUACAAAAAGCAGUUUUAAGAAGAUGACCACAGUUUUUAAAGGGAGUAAUAUAAACAGGCUAUAGCCCCUGUAAGAAAAUGUAAUUGCCAAUGACUGGUGGUGGCAGCGCUUCAGAUGUGGUUCUGGGUUGUUUAGUGAGCUCUUAGGUGAGUCAGGGAUGCGCUCUUGGAAGAAUUUAGGUCGGCCAGCCACUCCGGAGAAGGUUCAGCACUGUUCACUUUGGUUGAGUGGAGACUCAAUGCCUUAGAGGCGACUUUGUAAACCGUUCUGGACUAAAAGAAGUCGAUGAAUCGGUUUGUCUGUUCUUCAGUUUCAUUUCAUGAGUGCUUGAUUUGUUGCUGUUUGAUUACUUUUAUCCUACUUCAUGUUAGUUAGUUAGUUAGUUAGUUAGUUAGUUAGUUAGUUAGUUAGUUAGUUAGUUAGUUAGUUAGUUUGUUAGUUAGUUCGUUAGUUCGUUAGUUAGUUCGUUAGUUAGUUAGUUAGUUAAGGCCGCGUGUCUGGCAGCAAUCAGGCGUGGCCAUGGCUGGUGAAAAUGACCCAAACAAGUGUGACAAAUCCUGCUUUGGCCUUUAGAAAGAGGGUUAAUCACAGUAUACUUAGGGCC